AUGGCAAUCGCUGGCGCCCAGCGUAGGCAGGUCCUACGCGUGUUGAUGAUCUCCUUGCUGUUGGAUCUGAUCUCCUUUACCUUCAUCCUGCCGCUCUUCCCGUCGCUCCUGGCCUUCUACCACGCCCAGGACCCGUCUCCCGACUCGCUCCUCAACCGCGUAUUGCAUUACCUCAAUGCCUACAAGAACGCCUUUGCUCGUCCUAUCGAUGCCCGCUAUGAUAUAGUGCUCCUGGGGGGUGCCCUUGGUUCCCUCUUCUCUCUGCUGCAGGCCAUCGCAGCACCUGUCAUCGGCCACCUGUCUGACCGGCAUGGCCGUCGUCGUGCUCUGCUUACCGCCAUGCUCGGGAAUAUCUCCAGCGUCGCGCUCUGGGUCUCGGCCACCGACUUCCGUACCUUCCUGGCCAGCCGGGUCGUCGGCGGCCUAAGUGAGGCCAAUGUACAGAUGGCCAAUGCGAUCGUCGCCGAUGUCACCGACGCCACCCACCGCGGUGCCUCCAUAGCCUUGGUCGGCGCAUGCUUCAGCGUCGCCUUCACGUUUGGUCCUAUGCUCGGCGCCGCACUGAGCUCUGUUGAGAUCGUGGCUGCCAACCCAUUCAUCGCAGCUGCUAUUGUGUCUUUGGCCUUGAUCUUUGUUGAGACCCUCUACCUGUGGGUGUGUUUGCCCGAGACGCAUCCACGACUGACAACACUCCCGCGCGAGACCGAGACCGAGACCGAGACCGAAGGCAAGAAUAAGGGCCAAAGCCAGGCUGCUGCAUCGACGACAGAGAAGAAUCCCAAGGCUCAGGCUCCCACGCACAUAAACCACCCUUCUCUUCUCAAUGCCCUGCACUUUCUCUUCCUUAUUCCUUUCUCCGGUCUGGAAUUCUCCCUCCCCUUCUUGACAACAACCCUCUACGCCGGCACCACCAUCGCCAGCCCCGCCGCCCUAAACGGCCGUCUCCUCUCCCUGAUGGGACUGAUUGCUUCCCUGCUGCAAGGCACCGUUGUCCGGCGGCUGCCCCCACUGGUCACUCUGCGCGUGGGCGUCGUCGCCUGCGCCUUCUCAUUCUUCUUCCUCGCCCGCGUCUCCUCUGUCACCGAGCUCUAUGCCGCCGGUGGCCUGUUGGCUGUUACCAGCGCCACGGUGGUCACGGGCUUGAACAGUCUCGGCAGCUUGGAGGCCCGCGACGCCAAUCGUGGGGCCGUGCUGGGUCGUCUGCGGGGCUGGGGACAGGCUGGUCGUGCAGCUGGUCCCAUUCUGUUCUGCACUUUGUUUUGGUGGGCUGGUCGUGAGGUGGCUUAUACCGUCGGUGGCGUUGCAAUGUGUAUCGUUGCCGGCGGAGUGUUUGUUUUGUUGAAGUCGCCUUCCGUACACCGGAAGAGCGAAUAA